UAGAUAUGAGGAUGAUUUAAAAAUAAUAGAGAUGUUAUUAAUGAAGACAGACAUAAAAGGAAAAGGAUUACAAAAAUAUGAUAAUGUAAAUAUAUAUUAAAGAGAAUUCAAAAAUAAUCAAAAAUAAUAUAAUACAUGGAUAAGGUGAAUUUAAAUUUGCAAACGAAGAUAAGCAUAAAUUAAGGAGAAUUUAAGGAUGGUCAAAGAGAUGAAAAUGAAAAUAUGAAUAAGUUAAUGGUGAAUUUUAUAAAGGCUAUUUAAUAAAUGAUAAAAGAGAAGGAUAAGAAAGAUAUAAAUUUGCAAAUGGAAACGUGUAUUCUUAUCAUUAAAUUUAAGAUACAUUUGAGAUUUUGCUAAUAAUAAAAUUGAACGUAAAGGAAAAAAGAAAUUUGCAAAUGGUGAUUGAUAUGAGGGUGAAUUUAAUAAUUAACUUUUCAAUAGAAAAGAUUAAUAUAAGUUUGCAAAUGGUAAUAAAUAUACUAAUUUAUAUUAAGAUAAGGCUAAAAAUGAUAGAAGAGAUGGAAAAGAUGUUUAUGAUGAUGGGGAUUGAAAAUUGGUGAAUAUAUAGAAGGUAAACCAAAGGGAGAACAUUAACCAUAUAGGGGAAGAUAUAAAUCCCG